AUGACAAUGGCUUCGUCCUCCUCCGCCGCGUUCCACAACAGGCCGUCGUCUUCUGCGUCCGUGGCAUCCUCUCGAUCUUCCACCACUAAUCCCAGGAGAGCUUCCGGUGUGCCAGCAGGUGCUGGAUCAGAUGCACAUGCGACUCCACCCUCAGUAUCAACUUUGCAACAAAGACGGUUAUCACGAACGGCAAGCAAAGGGCAGCUUAAUAAGAAUAAUGCAGAGGGUGAUUUAACACAAUCCUUGAAUCACCUCUCCAUUUCUCUGGCGUCCCCGUCCUCCGCGACUUCACAAUCUCCUUCUCCCAGAAAGAGUCCUCGUACUGCCAACCACCCGCCGCCACCUGCCAUCAGUCCCCUGCGGCCCCAGUUUUCGUCUCCGACUCCGAGUGCUGUAUCGCCAAACGGAACGACAUCCCGCCCCGGUAGUGCUAUGCGGAACGUAUCCUACAGCGGGGCUCCGUCUCGCUCACAAACCCCAGCACUCCGCCGAAAAGCCUCCAUGAACUCGAUCCAGGUCGCCCACAACAACCACGGCCAAGGCCCAUCACUCUCACGUCGCUCCUCUUCUGUCAACCUCACCCAGUCGGCCGCAAAAAAGCCACCCCUAAACGAUAUGUACCCCGAGACGUCCGAGUUCAAAGUACCGCCGACCCCGCAGUCUAUCGCUAGUGACCACUUCAAGGCUGAACUUGAGAUCCAUCACGGGGAAGAACCGAGCCUGCCGGCUGAGACAGUCGUUAUUUUGAACGACGCAUGCUAUGGACAUCGCUACUCUCGCCCGCGGACAUCCAAGGCGAACUUGAGCACGAUUGUCGAACGACCCGAGAGAAUCAAAGCCAGCGUCUUGGGAGUGUCGGCUGCCUAUGUACGUCUGGGCGAGAGGCAUCAUGACGGCUCUUUCCCGAUCCAUCCGGACCAAGAUCCUAAGAAACUGCCAUCGGUACCAUUUGUAAUACAGAAGACGACUCGGCGACUGCCCAUCACAUCUCAGACAGUAACCAACGUACAUGGUACGAAAUGGAUGGAGGAGCUCAAGACCAUGUGCGAUACCGCGGAAGCCAAGUUGGCGACGAAUGGGAAAGAACUCAUACGCCCGGACAUGGAUCGUGGACCCAAUGCGGAAGAACCUGCAAAGUUCCAUGAAGGCGACCUCUAUCUUUGUGCCGAGUCACUGGAGGCUAUGGAGGGAGCAAUGGGAGGCGUCUGUGAAGCAGUCGAUGCAGUCUUCAGGCCCGAGGGCCCGAAAAGGGCUUUUGUAGCCAUUCGACCGCCUGGUCAUCACUGUUCUGCAUCAUAUCCCUCCGGCUUUUGCUGGGUCAACAAUGUCCAUGUUGGCAUUAUGCAUGCAAUUCUGAGCCAUGGCUUGACCCAUGCCGCCAUUAUCGACUUUGACCUCCAUCAUGGCGACGGCUCCCAGCAAAUCGCUUGGCAGCACAACUCAAGGGGUGUAAAGGCUACAAAGAACGCGGCGGCAUGGAAGAAGACAUCGAUCGGGUACUUCAGUCUUCACGAUAUCAACUCGUAUCCGUGCGAGACCGGCGACGACGAAAAGGUUAUGAAUGCAAGCAUUUGUAUCGACAAUGCACAUGGCCAAAACGUCUGGAAUGUUCACCUACAGCCCUGGAAGACAGAAGAUGAGUUCUGGGCGCUGUACGAGACCAAGUAUACCACCUUGCUUGAAAAGGCGCGCAGCUAUCUGGUCACACAGGCGGAACGCUUGCGAGCAGCAGGCCAAAACGCAAAGGCAGCCAUCUUUCUCUCUGCUGGUUUCGAUGCCAGCGAAUGGGAGGGUUCCGGAAUGCAGAGACACAAGGUUAAUGUUCCGACAGAGUUCUAUGCUCGAUUGACUCGAGAUGUAGUACGUAUAGCAGCAGAAGUGGGCACAGCCGUAGAAGGCCGAGUUAUCAGCGUGCUGGAGGGAGGUUAUAGUGAUCGCGCACUUUGCUCUGGCAUCAUGAGCCACGUUUGCGGCCUUGCUGGAGCCAGUGCUACUGGAAAUGGUCAGGUUCAUGAUCAGUACAAAGCUUCAUGGUGGUCUGCUGCCGAGCUUGAACGUCUGGAGACCACUUUGAUGACUCCUCCGCCUGAACCACCCAAGCCCCCUAGGAAUGUUACACCACCUACCUACUGUUCACCUACACAUGCCUCUACAGCGCGGUCUGUAGCGCCACGGAGAAGUAUGUCCGGACUUCAUCAGCACGCACUCAUGGCAGCCAACAGGCCAUUGUCACCAAUACCGUCGAGAAUACCGACGACCCCUGCUCCAGAAGUCUCUUGGGCUAUCGCAGCCUGUGAAUUGAGCAAGCUUCUUAUUCCGAGCGACCGCCAGACAGACAGCUGUACUCACACAGAUCUCAAUGCCGAGGCCACCAAGGCUCGCCGGGAGCGUCAGUUAACCCACGCGAAUACCUCGUCUUCCGAUGCCGGCACUGCAAAUGCUUCGGACCGGCCUUCUACUAGGAUGACCUUGAGGGAGCGUAAAACCAAGCAAGCAAUGCCUAUCAAGGAGGAGGAUACCGACGACGAUCGGGCAAUUGCUGUGUCCGUAGGAGAAACCGGUGUGCCUCGUGGAGGUGCUCGUGCUGCACGUAGUCGACGCCUUAGUGCUGCAUCGACCAUCGUCCCAGACAGUGUUGACUCAUCUCCUCCAAGCCACAGAUACUCAACCAUGAAUGCGGGAGACGACGGAAGACCGGAAACAUCCAUGAGCAUUAGGCCUGAGUCUUCAAUGAGCGUUAGACCGCAAGGAAAUGCUCUUGCGGUCAAGAAAACGCGGGGACCAGCAAAGAACAAGUAUGCUCUGCAGGCACCAAAGAUACAGAGGAAGACUUCAACAUCGACCAUCGAGUCAGCAAGGAGCUCCAACGCAUCCUUAGUAUCACCAACUCCAGCCUCUCACUCCGGCGAGACUCAGCCAUCGAACGGCAGCAAUGGCGACGGCGUGGAUAACUUGACUGGCGGGAUGAAGAAGGUUAAGAUCACUCUUAUCACACAAGCCCAGAAAGAGGCUCGCGAGCGGGAGCGCGCCGCGAAAGAAAACUUUUCCACCGCCAACAAUGAUGCGAUAUCCGUCGUAACCUCCAACCUCGAUGAAAACAAACCUCACCACCAACAACAGCCCACACAGACACCCGUUGCCGCCACGCUCCACUCGCCCACCGAAAGCAACACCAACAGCUCCCCCGCACCAUCCACCCAGUUCUACACCCCCAACUCACAAGGCCGGAAUUCCGUCUCCUCCUCCGAAGACAUGGACGCCACGGAGAAGUACCCCGAGCUAUUUGCCCACCACCACCAGCACCAUCAAGUCCAAGAAGUGGACGGAGACGGCGACAUCGACAUGGAAGACCUCGAAACACCAGCCCUCACUUCCACGCCCAUGCCAGGCCGUACAUCCUUCCCUUUGCCGACGCGGCCUUUCCAGCCUGCUCGAAACCCAACAGGCCAUCAGGAGAAUUUCAUCCAGUACCAACCACCCACUACCAUUACCACUACCAACUCUACUGCUACUGCCAAGUCAGCGCAAACACCAACUAGUCCCGGAACUGCUGCUAUGAACAGGAAGGACGUUCCUGUGUUCACGGCCACUUCAGCAAUUCCCUUUUCGCCUCAAAAGACUUCCACUUUGGAGCAAUUGCAGCAGCAGCAGCCUGCCGGGUCUGAGUCUCCGGCGCCGUCUACGCCUGCUUCGUUACCUAGUGUGAUUUUCUCUGGUCAGAAGCAGGAUGAGGAGACGCCCGAGAGAAAUUAA